AGCCCAGAGUGAAUGAAGGACUUUGGAGGGUGAGGAUGAGAAUAGCAGAACUCGUGUCUUGUGCAUUCUGUAAUUCUUCGUAUCAGAAGAUAACUUCCAUUUGCAAACCCUGUUUCUCCAGGGGACAGUGAUUUGAUCCACUCAGUCAUAACUUGGAGGCCUGCCUGCUUUCUUCUCUUUCUCUUUUGUAUUGGAAAAGCUCUUUGAGGAAGAGAAGGAAACAAAAGGAAGAGAAGUCAGAAAUGGCUCUUUCUCAGGCAAGAUUGACCUUCAAGGAUGUGGCCAUUGAAUUCUCUCCAGAGGAGUGGGAGUGCCUGGACCCUGCUCAGAGGACCUUGUACAGGGACGUGAUGGUGGAGACCCUCAGGAACCUGCUCUCUGUGGCUAUCUCUCAUAUACACAUGAUCAAGAAAUCACAACCAAAAGCAAACAUUGAUAUAGGAGAAAGAUACCAAACAGUGAUGUUGGGAAACCAUGAAAGCCAUGAAAUCAAGCAUUUUUACCCUCAAGAAUUACAGGAAAGUAUGUGUGACCUCGGGUGUCAGUGGAGAGAUGAUGAAAGAAAUUAUAGAAAUAUCUCUACAUUCCAUAAUGAAGGUGUCACUUAUGGAAGAGUUCAACCCAGUGGAGAGGAUACAGAAAAGAAGCUGAUUGCAAAUAUACUUGCAUUAAGCUCUUGGGAUGCACUGUGCACGUUUCAGAGUAGACAAACAAUUGAUGAAUUUCAUCAAGCUGAUGACAACAUGAAGAGUAGUACGUCAUUUUCACUAUCUCAGGAAAUUUCUCCUUCUGGCCAAUCCAACAUUUCUAAUGUAUAUGGGAGUGAUUUUAUACAUCCUUCAAUAUUGACACAAGACCAGGUAGCACACAGGGAAAGACCUUACAAAUGUAAUGAGAGUGGAAAAAUCUUUUUUAAGGGCUCAGACUUCAGUAGACAUCAGAUAAUCCAUACAGGAAAGAAAUUGCGUAAAUGUGACUUCUGUGGAAAGAUCUUUAGUCGAAAUUCACACCUUGAAAUUCAUCGGAGAACUCAUACUGGAGAGAAACCUUAUAAAUGUAAUGUGUGUGGCAAGAGUUUUAAUCACAAUUCAUAUCUUACAUGUCAUAAGAGAGUUCAUACUGGAGAGACACCUUACAAAUGCAAUGUCUGUGGAAAAACCUUUCGGUAUUCCUCAGGCCUCUGGAGACAUAUGAUAAAACAUACUGGAAGAAAACCAUUUAAAUGUGAUGUAUGUGGCAGAGUCUUUGAUCAAAAUAAAGACCUUGCAGUUCAUCAAAGAAUUCAUACUGGAGAGAAACCUUACAAAUGUAAUGAAUGUGGCAAAGUCUUUGGUCAAAAAGCACAUCUUAAAACUCAUCUGAGUACUCAUACUGGAGUGAAACCUCACAAAUGUAAUGAAUGUGGCAAAGUCUUCGGUCAAAAAGCACAUCUUAAAACUCAUCUGAGUACUCAUACUGGAGUGAAACCUCACAAAUUUAAUGAAUGUGGCAAGGUCUUUUGUGAUAAGGAAACUGUUACAAGGCAUCAACAAAUUCAGACUGCAGUGACACCAUACAAAUGUAACACGUGUGGCAAAUACUUUCAUCACAGAACUGCCCUUAUACGGCAUCAACAUGUCCAUACUGGACAGAAACCUUACAGGUGUAAUGAGUGUGGCAAGUUCUUUUGUCAGAAGGUAACCCUUAUACGGCAUCAACAUGUCCAUACUGGAGACAAACCUUACAAAUGUAAUGAGUGUGGAAAGUUCUUUAAUCAAAAAUCCAACCUGGUGCGUCAUCAAACGAUUCAUAAGGGUGACAGACCUUACAACUGUAAUCAGUGUGGCCAGCUGUUUAGUCUGAAAGGAAGCCUUGCAGCUCAUCAGAGGAUUCAUACUGGAGAGAAACCUUACAAAUGUAGUGAGUGUGGCAAAGCCUUUAAUAGAAAUUCAAACCUCGUAGUUCAUCAGAGAAUUCAUACUGGAGAGAAACCUUACAAAUGUAAUGAGUGUGGUAAGACGUUCAGCAGUAGAUCAACCCUCAUCCGUCAUCAGUCCAUUCAUACUGGAGAGAAACCUUAAAAAUCUGAUCAGUGUGGCAAAGGCUUUGGUUACAAACAAUGUUUUCGAAUUCAUCACAGAUUGCAUAAUGAAUAAGUGAAAGUGAUAGUUGCUACAGUCGUGUAGCCUGUCAGGCUCCUUUGUCCAUGGGAUCUCUAGGCAAGAAUACUGGAAUGGGUAGACAUUUCCGUCUCUAGGGGAUCUUACUUUACCUAAUGAGCCACCAGGGAAGUCCACAUAAUGAAUAGAAAUGUUGCAAAUUUGUUAGGUGUUGAAAAGCCUUUACUCAGAUCUCAACCCUACCACACAUCAGAAAAUCCAACUUAAGAAACACCAUGUUAAAAAAAAAAAAAAAGGAAAAAAGAAACACCAUGUGAUUGUGCUAUAUGUGGGAAGGUCUUCAAAAUUCAAACUUCAAAAAAAAUUCAAAUCUGAAAAUUCACACCUUACAAUUCAUUGGAGAAUUCAUAACGGGAAGAAACUGUAUAAAUAUCAUGAGUGUUGUAAAGUUUUUUUGCAUAUAGACUCACUCACAACCAGAUUAUCUGUAAUGGGAAGAAACCUUACGAGUUUAAUGACCAUCUCUAUAUGUUUAGUCAAAAUUCAUACCUUAUAACAUGCCAGAUAAUUCAUAUUGGAGAGAAACCUUUCAAAUGUAAUGAGUGGCGAAUUCUUCAGUGUGCCUUUAAGCCUAAAAUGUUCCUGCAGGUGUUCCAUGAUUUUGAACAUUGAACAUUGUGGUGAAGUGUCAAGGCUUUUACAGGUGUCCACAUCUUUGGCUUUAUUAGAGUACUUUGUAGAACUGCAACAUCACAUCAACUGUAGUGCAAGGACCAUAGACACUUGAUGAGAUGAGAAUGUUUCUGGAAAACUGUGUUUUGCUUUUCUACGUACCCCAUACUAAAUUUUCCAUUUCUGCUGUACCAGUUACUACAAACUGAGUGCCUUAAAUAAAUAGAUUUAUUCUCUU